UUCACGCCGGAUCCGAUUUGGACCUUUUGCCAAACUGAUGACAACAUUGUGUGCCCAAUCUGCAUGGAAUCCAAGCUCACUCUUCCACCGGAUGAUGUCUUUGAGACUUACAGCCCGCCGGAUACAGUUCCGUGUCUUCUUCCCUGCGGACACGUCUUCGGCCACCGCUGUCUCAAACGGUGGCUGCGAAACAACAACGAGUGUCCGGCUUGCCGCUUGGACUUGCAGUGCGUCUUUUGCCCGCAUAGCAUCAAGCCCCGCAUGCUGACCGGCAUCUCCAUCUGGUAUCUUCCCAAGACAAUCCCCGAGGGUGGUACCUUUCCAAGAAUGUGUUCUGCUUGUCAGCGGCGGAAGCACCUCCAGCAGUGGUCAGCCCUUUGCGCUAACCUGUGGACUAAGUAUGCCGAAUCCAGACUACGAUACGAACUGUCAGGAGCCGAGAACGAUAGGGUGGCUAUGGAG